AUGAGAAAGGCUCUUAUCAUUUCCUUGCUCAUUGCUUGUUUAUUAUCUUGUGUGCUCUUGAUGAGCAAUAAUCAAGUCAAGGCAGAAGAGAAUGAUGAUUUUUGGAAUGCCAUUCCGACAACAACAGUUGCUUCUAAUCAAUUAAAUGAUGAUACGUUAUCAACCAGUACUUCCGAUGACGAAGAAAUGGUUCCAUCAUCAACAACAACACCAUCAACAACCAAUAAUGACAAUAUUAAAUCAACAACAAAUCAAAAGGAAGAGGAUGAGGAAUUUGAUUUUAAUGAAGAUGACUUUACUUCAAUUCAAUCCAAAUUAAUUCAAGAACAAAAGGAACCAUCGGAAGAACAAUCAAAUGAAAAGCAAGAAGAAACACAACAAGAACCAGUUCGUUUGUUUGGACUUGUUAAACAAGAACAUUAUUACUAUGAAAUGGGAUUUGUUGCUUUCAUUUUGGCUUCUGGUAUUAUUUACGUUAUCGGAAGAUCUGCAGGUGAAAAGGUUUUCAUGGAAUGGGCUGAAAAGAAUUUAGUUAACAAGAUUAUGAACAAGCACUUUACUAAAGUCAACUUUAUGCGUGAUAGUGCUAAUCAAUAUAUUGUUUAUGCAACUGGUAAUGAAGCCAUUAAACACAUGACUUUGAAGGUCACUACACCAAAUAAGCAAGAUUUGUUGAUGGGAUUACUUUUAAAGCCAAUUAUGGGAUUGUUAAAUGGAACUUCUAUGCUUUCUCAACCUGAAAUUUCAUUGGAAAUGACUUUACCAAGAAGAUUUAUUGUUCUAUUUGGUAUGUGUGAACCAAAGAAUUAUAAGAAUUUCUUAAAGCAACAUGAACCUCUUCAACUUUACACCAAGCAUGCCCAAUGUGAUGUUAAUGGAAAGCAAUUUGCUGUUUUUACAGAUACUCCAACUUUGAUUACAAAGCUCAUGUCUCAAUCCUUUGUUUCCUAUAUUGAAUCUGAUCUCUUGGUCAGUGACAUGCUCAAGCCAAGAAUUGCUGGAACUAAUCUUGUUAAUUGCAUUACUCUCAGAACCAAGAUUCAAUUCAACAAGACAUUAUCAGAAGGUGAUAAACAUAAUUCAAAGAAUAAGGCCAAACACGAAAACUGGUUGGAUGAAUUGAUCAAUUUUAUUUCAUUCGAUUUUAAUUUGACUCAACAAGAAAAUGACAGAAAUAUUAAAAACAGAAUGGAAGUUAAGGAAAAUAUUGAAAAGGAAGAAAAGAAACAAAAGUUAAAGGAAGAAUCAAAGGAAAAUAGACUGAAGAAACUCAAAGGUGGAAAUAAGAAAACCAAAUAA